CCCCCCCGCCCGGCGGGUGGUUCCUCCCGCUGCCCGCACGCGGCGCUGCGGACGAGCCCACGCGGGAGGAGCGCGGGGGGCGGGCGGGCAGGCGCGCGGCCGGCGCGGGGCGCGCGCGGCUGGGCUCGGCUCGGCUCGGCUCGGCUCGGCUCGGCUCGGCUCGGAGCGGCUCGGAGCGGCGGGGAGCGGAGCGGGAAGAUGGAAGGAGCCUCCUUCGGAGCGGGCCGGGCGGGGGGAGCCAUCGACCCCGUGGAUUUCCUGAAGCAGCCGCAGACCAUCCUCCGGCUGACGACCUGGAUCUUCUCCAUCGUGGUGUUUGGCUCCAUUGUGAACGAGUGCUACGUGAACAAGGACAGCCAGAACCCUGAGCUGCUCUGCAUCUUCAAUGAGAAUGAGAGUGCCUGCAGCUACGGCAUCGCCGUUGGCAUCAUUGCCUUCUUUGGCUGCAUCUUCUUCUUUGUCGUGGACCUGUACUUCCAGCAGAUCAGCAGCGUGAAGGACCGCAAACGGGCCGUCCUGCUGGACCUUGGCUUUUCAGGUUUCUUGUCCUUCCUGUGGUUUGUAGCCUUCUGCUUCCUAGCAAACCAGUGGCAAUGGACGACGAUGAGCAAAGGGGUUUCACAAGGAGCAGAUGCCGCCCGGGCAGCGAUCACCUUCUCUUUCUUCUCCAUCAUUGUCUGGGUCGCGCUGGCGGUGAAGGCACUGCAGAGAUACCGCCUGGGGACGGACAUGUCGCUCUUUGCCACCGAUCAGUUCGCCACCGACCCCAACGCGGCGUACCCCGGCUACCCCACCGGCAGCGGCAUCGAGAGCACAGAGACCUACCAGAGCCCCCCCUUCACCGAGACCUUAGACGCCAACCCGAAAGGUUACCAAGUGCCAGCGUACUGAGGGGCGAGGGCCGCGUACCAAGAGACCGAGUCCUACGGUGCAGUACACUUAACUGGUUGAUUGCAAAUGUAUUCAGUCCCAUUUCCUUAAUGUGGCAAGUCAGUGCUGGGUUCCUUACUAUUAGCUAGUUGUGCAGUGAAUUCUGUACAGUGGUAUUGGUUCUUGUCUUACCUGUCCAAGGGUUUUAUAAAAGCAGUGUUCCCUCUAAGUCAGAAGGAAGGAAGGUUGCUACCACAUCACCUACACGUGGCAAAAGAUGAAUAAAUGCCCUCUCUGAGGCUUGACACCGGGCAGUAGGCAUUGGGCUCUGCUGAGCGCCCGGGAAAGCCCAGAAUACCUUUUCCUGUUAGAAAACACAGUAGCCGAGGAGUUGCUAUUUAUCUCGUUCUUCCAGAGCUAACACAGAAUCGGUCUCGUGAGGGUGAGGGUGGGUGGGCAGCGCUGGGGAGGUUGGCCCCGUGCUGCUCCCGCUGCAGAGCUUUCCUGUACAUGUUCCAUGGAAAGUGCCAAAUUCAGUAGUGUCUGUGUUACUUUUAUUUGUAUAUAUUUACUGUACAAAAAACAAAAAUCCAAACAGGUGUUUCAAACUUAGCUUAGGAUGUAAGCGGCAUGGGGGGGCACAGCAGGUUGGGGUUAUGUUGAAUAGCCAAAUUGCUUCUACGCUUCAACAGGGUUCUGGUUGAAGAUGUAAAAAGUUACUGUUUGAAACUGGAAACCAGUUCAGCAAUAGUUGGCUGCUAAUUAGGAAUAGCCUUUUACCAGCAGAAAACAUGGCGUGUUGCAGUUCCACUUCUUCACCGAGAGGUUGGGAAAGUUUGCAAAUUUACAAAUAGUUUCUGGUUGGCAAUGCUGAACACUUACUCAUGCUCAAACCCAGAGCUGCCAACACAACAGGGGUGGGUGUCCAAGUCAAUUAGGAGCGGUAUUGAACUUGUAUUUUUAUACUGGGAGCAGCCACCAUCUGUCAUCAGCUGCAGCAGAACCUCAGGUGUGAACGUGUAUUUUAUCCUGCCGUCUCUAGAAAUGAAGAAUUCAGAUGGAGAAUUGGAAAGACUGUACAGGCCAUUGAAGUCCAUCAUGUGGGGGCUUAUGGCCCCAUGUUUGCAAAUAGUGGGAGAAGAGAGUGAAUGAAAAGCACCCGGGAAAGAGGCUCAGGUUUGGUUUUCAGCCGCAAAAUUCCUGCCUUGUCAAAAACAACUAAAUGUGUAAUAUCCAGUAGAUCCUUGUCAGCAGCCUGCCUGCUUUCCCUGCCUGUCUGCCUGUGCGGUAGCUGUGAUCCGAGCUAUUUGUCGCUAAGGACUAAGCAGAGGAGCUGAAACUUGAAUUCCCGACCACUUUGGUGGCAGCUCCGUCCUUAGAGGCCCCUGGCUCUCCCGGCAGCUGGCGAGCCGGGUUUCACCUUGCCGGUUUACGCCGGCAAAAGUUGCGUGCUGCCUUCAGACCUCUUGACAAGCAAUAGUUACUGGACUGCCCCAGCUCUCCUUGUAGCAAAAACACCCAGCUGUUUUUUUGUCGUUGUCAACACAGCUCAUUUCUGCUGCUAAAUUGCAUAUAAAUGCAUUAAUUAAUAAGCAGCAAAUCUCAUCAUGAGCAGUCAUUAUCAGUGACAAAGUGCAUUACUUGACUCCCCAACUAUUCAGGCCGGGUUAAAUGUGCAUUUGCAGCAAAGGCUGGCUUUGCUGGCGCUGGAGCUGCGCGGAGAUUUUUCAGGCAGCGUUUCCCAACUCGGACACUUCUCCUGCACCACUGCACCCUCCCCACGGAGCACAGCCGCACGCGGGGGCACCGAGACCUGGUGUCCCACCACGGUCCCCACCACGGGCUUUCCCCACAGUGACAGCAGAGGAGAUGUCUCUCCCUCUGGACACCUUUGCACCCACUUUGAGGUCCAAACACUGUCCUCGGAGUAGGUAGGGCUCAGCCCCGCUGCCUGCAGUGGAGGCAGGAGGAUGAGCAGGAGGAUGCUGCACUGCUUGAUCGGAGGUGUCACUUGGUCAAUGCAAGGAGCAAGGAAGAGGUGGCCCUGGGGCAUCUGCAGGUAGCCCGUGCCAGCGGGGCUUGGUGAGCAGCAAGACUUCCUUGCAUUAAGCAGACCAGGGACACCCAAACCCCGGUACGCUGUAAGCCUAAAUUAAUUACGGGACCCUUGCAAUUUUUCUAGAGUCAGCCUUGCUGGGGGGAGAAAAAAAAAAACAAACAAAAAAAAAGGCAAAGGAUUUUAAUACAGGGUACGGUAGAACUGUAGCAAUAUUUUUCCUUAGAGGGAACACUGAAAUUUUAGCAGCACAAACAGUACUUGUGUUAAUAUUAGCAAAAUUAUAAUCAAUUUAAAUGUUUAAAUUGAUUGUAUGUGAGAUAAUGUUUGUUCAGUACAUUGUAUUUUUUCUAACUAUAUAACUGUUCCAGAGUUUCCUUGUAACCGUAAAGAACUAAAGCUCUGUCUGACUGCGGGACGUGUCCUGACCCCUGGUGUAACCAUGCUGAAUAUUACAACAUCUGAAUGUACGCACCGAGGCCUGCAUUGCCUUUCUUUCCUCCCCACUCUCCCACCCGCCGGCGGUGGGACGCAGAAGGGAUGCACACACACGCACACCCCACGCACGCUCUCACGCCGGGACUGCCCUUAAGAGCAGCAACGGCGAAACGGGGACGACUUCAGCACGACUUCAGCCCCCGGCCGAGGCACCGUAGUUCUUCUCAAGGUCAGCGGCUUUUUACAGCUCCCCAAAAGUCAGUAUUGCCUUUAACUUGGAGUCGGCACGGUGAGCGUGCAAGGACCUGGCUGUGUUUUGCUGGGCAGGAGAGGAGGAGGAGGAGGAGGAAGGGUUUGGGAGCCUGAGAGGCUUCCUGGCAUCGGGAAGGCAGAACAGAUUGCUCCUUGAUUAAACCGGAGCCGGGAAUAAUGUGUCUGGCCACAUCAACAGGCAUCUCCAGGAAGUUUAACCCUGCUGUCUCUGCCACCGAAAAUGUCAGUCCCCAUCGGUGGAGGGGAGGACGUCCCCGCCGGGGCGGCACGGGGAAGGAUCGGGUCUGCCUCGCGGCAGAGCCGGCGCUGGGGCUGCUCGGCAGGCAGGGGCAGGCAGCCCGUACAGGCAGGCAGCCCACAACUGGUCUGUUUUUUACGGGCAAUAGCGAUGGGUUUAAUGUAGUCGCCACGCCAAGGCUGUGUCAGCCAGGCAGGACGGGACAAGCCGUAAUUAACGUGGUACCCCAACGCCUAAGACACGCACACCUUGGAAAGAGCGUUUGCCCACCUUGAACAAAAAAACAUUUUCUGGUUUGUUGGUGAGGCCGUUGCCGAAUGCCCGUAUAGCUCCCUGACCCCGCGGCAGUGCGGGCUGGCAGCCGUCGAGGUCCUGCUUAAUUAAAACGUGCUUAUAGGCAGGGUGAGACGCCGGCCCCCCGCCUGGCCAGCGAUGCCAUAUGCCUACCCCUUGCCCAAAAUCCUCUUUCCAGGCUCUUUGCAAGCCCCCGCAGCGUCCCCGCUAGUCGUUCAGCGUCGGCGGUGCUGUGCGUUAACUGUCGUAGCACAUCGGCGUGUCCGUGACUGGUCAGGCAGACUAGUGUAUACAGGUAUGGACUGUAACUAAAUAUAACCUUAACGGGCUUAUGGUUAGAGAAUUAGAUCCAUCGGUGUAAUAACUGUAGUAUAUUAUUUGGGGUUCAAGUAUUCGUAACAUCAUCCUUCGUCCUUCUUUUUUUUUUUUUUUUUUCUCCCCGCGCAUUCGCUGUGGUACAGUAGCACUAGCGGCUUUCCUUGUAACCGUCCAGACCACGUCCCAAAAGCAUGCCAGGAUUGUGCUGUGAAUUUGUGCCAUGCCAGCUGCUGCCCCCAUGCUGUCCUCGCAAGCUGUUUAAUAUAUCCUCUGUUCUCCUAGAGAUCUCAGAAGCCCAGCAGCUAACUCGAGCUUGCAGAGGGCAGGAUUGUGCUGCUCUCAGCAUGCCGAAAGCUUCUGCAUAGUGUUAGCAGUGAAUUUGGGUGUAAAGAAUAGAAUUCAAACAAUCCUGUAUCUUUCCUGGAGAUGUAUUCUGCCAAAUCUCCUUGCUCCAGGAGCCUCUGUUGCGACAACACGCAUCUUUCUCAGCACCGAGUUUAACCGCAUCAUGGUUUUUGCAUAUUUAUUUUAAGCAUAUUAAAAUAUUUGAAAGAAUUGGAUUUUUUUCCCCAACAUUUUAAGCUAUUCCUAGCGAGUUGGAAGUUUUGCUUAACCGAUGCUUAGUAAAAAGAUCUCCCCCCAUUACAAUGCUUCUGUAUCUCAUGCGGUUUGAGCAGAUCCCUCCCUUUAAGUCACACCUACAAGCAGUUGGGAUUUCACUGGCUCUUCUGCCUGGACGCUUUGUAGGAUGAGUUUCCCAUCGGUUCACGCUACAACAGCAAGUGACAACUGUGGCAUUUCUUUUCUACUUCCAUCGACCAGCAAUUCCUUACAGGGGUAAUUUGUACCCUUCUGCCUCCGCAACCAAUCCCCCAAAAUGGUGUAUGGCUGGCUCUUAGUUCUGCCUGCUGCAGCUAUGAGGUCACUUAACCAAAACAAAGCUAACCGUGGUCAUUGUCUAUUCAUUAAUAAAUCACAUCGUUACUUUGGCAGGAUCAGUAUUUCUCUUGGUCGAAGCUACUGUAUAGAUUUGCAGACUUCCUUUCAGCCUUUGUUUUCCUGAAGUGAUCUGGGGAGAGCGGGUGGGUCUAGUUCCAUUCUGGUUUAGUCCUAGUACUUUUCUAGAUAGCAUUGUGAAGCUGUGUGGGUCGGAAGACCCUCUCCCACCACCAGUGAGGCUCAGAGCGAGCCUUCCCUGUAUCAACUUGAAACCCAAGUUCAGCUGCCUGUAUUUUGUUGCAAUAUGCAUUUAAACCUCAGAUUCUGUAAGAGUUUUAAUAUCAAACUGAUACCAAAUGUGGUUUGCAAAUUGAAGUUUUUUUGCAGAUACCUCUGUAUAAGCAGACCGCUUCAAAGAGUUGCAGUUGUCACUAACCUUACGUGCAUUGUAGUAUAAAGUGGACGGUGUAUGGAAAUAAGUUAAAAAUGUUUACAACUUUUGUAUAUAUUAUAUAUAUAAAAAUAUCUUUUGAGAGAACAAUCUGUGAUUAUGUAUUUUCAGUGUCUGUGUACCAACUGCAACGUAUUUUCAAUAAAGAGUUAAAAAUGAA